CGCAGGCGGGGCGCGAUGGCGGCGCAGGUGUCGGCCCUCAGCAGCCUGGGGGUGCCCGAGGCCGAUGUUGGGGUGAGGCGGGGAUGGGGUCGGGCGGGACGGGGGUCCCGGCUCCUCCCGGGGCUCCUGGCUGAGUGCGGCUCGUUGCAGAGCGAGGAGGAAGAGGAGGAGGAGGAGGAGGAGGCAGAGCCCGGCCCGUCCGCGGCGGCGGCGGCGGAGCAGAGGCGGGAGGAGCGGCUGCGCCGGUUCCGGGAGCUCCACAUGAAGCGGUACGAGGCCUGCAAGCUGAACAGCCAGGAGGUGGUGGAGGAGGACAAGAGGCUGAAGCUGCCCCCGAACUGGGAAGCCAAAAAAGCCCGGCUGGAGUGGGAGCUGCAGGUGCAGGAGAAGAAAAAGGAGUGCGCGGCCCGGGGCGAGGACUACGAGCGGGUGAAGCUGCUGGAGGUGAGCGCCGAGGACGCCGAGAGGUGGGAGAGGAAGAGGAAGAAGAAAAACCCCGACCUGGGCUUCUCAGACUACGCGGCGGCGCAGCUGCGCCAGUACCAGCGCCUGACGCGGCAGAUCAAGCCCGACCUGGAGCAGUACGAGAGGCUGAAGGAGCAGUGCGGGGAGGCCCUGUACCCCACCUCGGACAGCCUCCUGCACGGCACCCACGUGCCCUCCAAGGAGGGCGUGGACAGGAUGGUGGCAGACCUGGAGAAGCAGAUCGAGAAGAGGGAGAAGUACAGCCGCAGGCGGCCCUACAACGACGACGCCGACAUCGACUACAUCAACGAGAGGAACGCCAAGUUCAACCAGAAGGCCGAGAGGUUCUACGGGAAAUACACGGCCGAGAUCAAACAGAACCUGGAGCGGGGCACGGCCGUGUGAGCCUGCCUGGCACAGCCCUCACAGAGCCUGGAGAGGGGCACGGCCGUGUGAGCCUGCCUGGCACAACCCUCACAGAGCCUGGAGAGGGGCACGGCCGUGUGAGCCUGCCUGGCACAGCUCAGCUCAGAGCCUGGACUCUCUGAGCCUGCCUGGCACAGCUCACUCCUGGCUCCUCUGCUGCCAUUUUCUCAUUUUCUAUUUUAAAUUGUAUCAGAAGUCGAUUUUAGCUGUUGCUCUCUCAGCUCAAGUGUGCUGAACGCUUUGCAGAAUUCAGCUGUAAAUAGCUUUGGCUGCAGGAGCAGCCAGGUUCUCCCUUCUGUGCUCUAAAUAAACUCUUUGGGCUAAUUUGGGA